AUGGGCUUUCGUAUACUUCGAUUUGUAAGCGUCACCACGCUCUUGGUGUCGCCCAUUGCUGCCCAAUUUGGAAUUCCCAUGAAAAAGAAAUCAAGCUUUCAAGAUCUCAAUGAACAAGCCAUCCAAGACCAGCAAGGCGGUGGCGGUGCUGGUGCUGCCGACAUGGAAAACAUGGCAAAAAUGAUGGAAAAUGUCGAUAUGGAACAGAUGCAAAAGCUGUGGCAGGAUGCACUCAGCGAUCCCGAAGCUAUGAAACAAAUGGGAGCCAUGGGUGAUAAAUUUGGCGAAGCCAUGAAUGAGUUGUCCAAGAUGACACCCGAGCAACUCGCAGCACAAAUGCAGGAAGCCAUGCAAAUGCUCACGGACGAUAGUAUGGCCGAUAAAAUUAUCGAACAAAAGGAUGAAGUCUUGAAAUCAUUGGAACAAACAGGAAUGGUCGAUGCCGAGGAGUUGGCAAAGUUCAAAGCAGAUCCCGGCUAUUUCGAAUCCAAAAUGCGAGAAUCAUUCGGGCAAAUGAAGGGCAUCUUUAAUGACCCGGACAAGAUUAAAGAGGCCAUGGAAAGCAUGCACAAAACUGCCGACUUUGCAAUGCACGAUUUGGCCAAAAUGUUCACGGAAGGACUCGAUUCCGAUGAAAAAAUUGAAGAAGCGAGGCAGGAAGUUUUGAACCACCCAGAAAUGCUCAAUAAUCCAAUGAUGGCAGGGAUGUUCGGUACUGAUGAAUUCAAAGAAGUUAUCAACGAUCCCAAGAAAUGGAGAGAAAGUAUCAAGGAGGGCCGAAAGUCAUUCCAGGAAGCUGGAAGAAAAAUGGAGGAAGAGAUUGGACGACGUCCAGGAGCUGGUGUUGGAGAACUGUAG